UGCCUGCCUGUAAAAGAAGGGGAAAAAACCCUUGUUUGUCCCUUUGAAAGAUGUGGGCAAGUUCAGAGGGAGGUGCACCAGAGGUUACUCUAGAAACCUCAAUGGGUGCUUUCACUGUUGAGCUUUAUUACAAGCAUGCACCCAGAACUUGUAGGAACUUCAUUGAACUUUCCAGGAAAGGUUAUUAUGACAAUGUCAAAUUCCAUAGAAUUAUCAAGGAUUUUAUUGUUCAGGGUGGGGAUCCUACUGGGACUGGAAAAGGUGGAGAAUCUAUUUAUGGUCCUGUAUUUGAUGAUGAGAUAAAAUCUGAGUUAAAGCAUACCGGAGCUGGUAUUUUAUCCAUGGCUAACGCCGGUCUGAAUACAAACGGAAGUCAGUUCUUCAUUACUUUGUCACCGGCACCGUCUUUAGAUGGUAAACACACAAUAUUUGGAAGAGUAUGUACGGGAAUGGAAAUUAUCAAGAGGCUCGGUAGCGUCCAAACUGACAACAAUGACAGGCCCAUUCAUGAUGUGAAGAUAUUACGGACUUCGGUCAAAGACUAGCACCCGAGGUCGGAAACUGCAAAUUAUAAUGCUAAGGAAUGCCCCCUUCUUUUCUCAGAAUAUUUUGGAACUGGAUCGUCUUUAAUAGUUUUAUGUUUAAUCGAAGCGAGUGAAGAAGGAACUAAUGGCAUUUCUUUGUAGUACUCAUUACAUUCAUCUAUACUUGGCGCAUUGGAAGGGCACCUCUGCCUUUGAAAGUGGUUAAAUGAUUAAAUAUGAUUGGUUUGAUCGAUUAUUGAUGGAUCUGUUGAUUCGAUUUUCAA